CACAGAAGCAAAGAAAGAUAAUAAAAAAAAAAAACAAAAAACAAAAAACCAACAAGAACCACCCUCUCUGUUCCUCCAUGUCACUUUUCCAACAAGAAAGAUUUAUGGGUUCUUUGACAUUUUGCGAAUUGUGGUGGAAAAUGGCUGAAGGACCGGCCACUUGCAAAAGUAGAAGACGUUGUUGUUAAGAAUUUCAACAGACUAAACCACCCCACUCUGGCCCUUGGGUUUGAUUCCCCCAUCCCCUCCCUCUCUCAAUCUAUCUUAAAAACAGUUUCACUUUGCUUUGGUUUUGUGGGUUUUAAGGAAGGUUAGACACAAUUUCCAAAAAAGCUCACUCUGUCGGCAUUUUUUGCCCCCCUCUUUUAGCCAGGAUUUGAGUAGGAUUCAAUUCAAGUAUUUUUCUUUUUCGGGAUUGGUUUCAGUUAAAGAGAUGAUGAAAACCAUGACCUUUUGUGUCAUGAGAGUCUUCUUUCGGUAACUAUGUAUUUAUGGGAAUUGGGUUCUGUAACUGAUCUUGGAUUCAUCCGAUUCUAUUGUUUCUGCAGAUUCUUAAUUUGUUUCAGGCUAAAAUUCACCCGCCUGCUAGUGUAAAACAUUUUGCACUAUGCGUUGGUGGACCAAGUUUCUCAAAGGUUCUAGCCAUAAGGGGCACUAUCAUAGGAGAUAUGAAGAUAGAUAUCGGGAUGAGCCUCGCCAAUCAGUGGAUGAUUCAUCAGGUUUUGACAAAGAAGAAAUCGAAUGUGCUAUUGCACUUUCCCUUUCUGUAGAAGAUCAAAAAGGGAAAAAAGUAAUUGAGGAAGAUACUGAGUCGGAACAGUCAGAGGAAGAUUACCAGACCCACCAGUCAGAGGAAGAUUACCAGACCCACCAGUCAGAGGAAGAUUAUCAGACCCACCAGUCACAGGAAGAUUACCAGCGCCACCAGCCAGAGGAAGAUGAGAAGGAUGUGAACGCUCAAUUGGAAGGAGAUGAGCAACUUGCCAAAGCUAUGCAAGAAAAUUUAAGUGUGGAGCCUCCUCCUCAAGCUCGUUAUGACAGUGGAAAUGUAGUUCCACCUUAUGCAUUCUUCUUUCCAUCAAGCUACAGGAUCUGUGCUGGGUGCAACACUGAGAUUGGUCAAGGACGGUUUUUGAGUUGCCUGGACAGUGUUUGGCAUCCUGAUUGUUUUCGUUGCGAUGCUUGCAAUCUGCCAAUUUCUGAUUAUGAGUUUUCAAUGUCUGGGAAUCGUCAUUAUCACAAAUCCUGCUAUAGGAAUCAGCAUCAUCCAAAAUGCGAUGUUUGCAACAACUUUAUUCCUACAAAUUCAUCUGGUCUCAUUGAGUAUAAGGUCCAUCCUUUCUGGAAACAAAAAUACUGCCCCUCACAUGAGCGUGAUGGAACUCCUCGUUGCUGUUGCUGUGAGAGAAUGGAGCCUAGGGACACGAGAUAUCUAUCGCUUGAUGAUGGAAGGAAGCUGUGUCUAGAGUGUCUAGACUCUGCAGUAGUGGAUACUCUUGAAUGCCAACCUCUUUACUUUGAAAUACGAGAAUUUUAUGAAGGUUUAAAUAUGAAGGUGGAGCAGGAAAUUCCUUUACUUCUGGUUGAGAGAACAGCCCUAAAUGAGGCCAUGGAGGGAGAAAAGAAUGGUCAUCAUCACUUGCCCGAAACCAGAGGGCUCUGCUUGUCGGAAGAACAAACUGUUACAACAGUUUCGAGGAGGCCAAGGAUUGGGGCAGAACAACGUUCCAUAGACAUAAUAACAGAAUCUUAUAGGCUAAGCCGUAGGUGUGAAGUGACUGCAAUUCUCAUUCUGUAUGGCCUUCCCAGGUUGUUGACUGGUUCGAUUCUGGCUCAUGAGAUGAUGCAUGCAUGGCUUCGACUUAAAGGCUAUCCCAACCUCCGUCCAGACGUUGAAGAAGGCAUAUGCCAGGUGCUGGCUCACAUGUGGCUGGAUUCCGAGAUUUAUUCUAGUUCCGGAAAUGAAGGUGCUUCGUCGUCUUCUUCCUCACCACCACCACCACCAUCAAAGAAGGGGCAGCAGUCUGACUUUGAGAAGAAACUUGGUGAGUUUUUCAAACACCAGAUCGAGUCAGAUGAGUCGCCGGCUUAUGGAGAAGGGUUCAGGGUAGGUAACCAGGCAGUGCUGAAAUAUGGCCUCCGGACAACCCUUGACCACAUUCGGAUGACGGGAAACUUUCCUGUUUGAUAUAAUGACUGGAUAGUUAUAGCUACAAUGGGUAUUUUCUCGCACAAUACCUCCCUCACCCCUGCCAUAAAAAAUCUACACUAUCAAAAGUCAAAGACCGACAUAAAAAAGGAAAACACCAGGAGACUUUACAAGCAAUAAAAAUGAAAUUGCCUUUGCGCAAUUAUUGUAAAAAUCUUUAAAGUUUGGCACCAACAAGCUGUCGAAACUAUUCAGAAGAUUGAACAUAUAAGAAUGUUUUCUUUACAUCA